GUCCAAGAGAAUCUUGUGGUCACUACACCACCCCCCUCCCCCGAGCGGUAUGCUGUGACGCGAGGCAGGUUUACCCAGGUCAUUUACGGCUCCCACACACGGCUGCGUGCGUUGCAGUGCUGGAGACUCAUCCUGUCCACUUCGCAUGGGCUUACGUCAUCCGUUGCCGAACUGAAUUGUGGGUCCGUUGAGUCACGUUGCUCCCGUCGCUCGUGUUGAGAAGUUCAACUCUUGCCGCACCGACGGACGGCACCGGCCAAUCAAAUUACAAACAAGCUAACAACAGAUGGCACCAGCCAAUCAAAUUGCGGUUAUACCUUAAGUCAUUUGCAUAGCUACCCUCGGGAACACCCACUGGCAUGCGUUGACGGAACGCAACUGUGUGUGGGAGCCGUUAGGGACUUCCCACUGACCUCGACAGUAUGUCACUUCAGAAGCAGUGCAUGCAGUACAGCGCUCUGUUGGAGAUCAGCACCACACUGACCACCCCCCACAAGAGACGUUUGGUCAAGCUUAUUCCAUUUGACCUCAUAUUAAUCCUCAAACAUCACAAGUGGCCUCCUUCAUUGGCAUUUUCCUUUCCAUAUAUCCACAGAUGGUGGAAUGGUUGUAAAUUGUUAAAUUGCUGUUUGAUAACUUCUUUGGAUCAUUUGUCAGUUGAAUAAGUGCUUAAAAUGUUUUUGUGAUUGGAUCAUUCUGUGAUGAGCCUCAUUUAUAGAUAUUUUCAAUGUGUGUGUGUCAAAGUCUGAACGUUAGAAAGGGCCACAAUUACAAAAUAUAAAAUGCCAAUGUCAAAUGUUUAAUGAGUCAUUCGCAUAUGAUUCUAAAUAGAAAUCCACUUGGAUGUAGGUCUACAUUUGAAAAGCUCUCCAUGCGGUAUGACUUAUUCAAGUGGGUCGUUUUGUGCUUCCCACCAUCUGAAGGGUUCCCUCGUUGCUCCCUGAGCCCUCCUCGUGCACCCAUUCCGGGAGCCACUGGUCUACCGCGUUCGUGUCGCUGCGCGCGGAUCAGCUAGUCCGAUGUCUGUUUGGUUACCUUUUCCGCAUUCUACAUGCCGACAUCCAAGUCGAACAAGAUCUCACGUUUCAUCCUCUGAACAUCAUCAACAUGGAAUGUGGGUGCAAAUAAUAAACCCAGGAAAUACUCUGAUCAUUCUUGCCGAAUACAUAGCAUCACAAGAAAAAACUUGUCUGCAAAGUGGGGCUUUUUGUGUAGUCUAUUAUCAUCUAGGCUUAUUUAUGUCAUAAUACCCCAAAAAGAUGUAAUGAAAUAUAUAUUUAGAAACAGUCGUGAGUUGCUGCACGUACAGAGACUUCGCAUGUCCCGCCUUUUGGCUAAAUACAGGUUUUUUUUUUCUUUUCUGCUUUUCCCGAGUUCUUGUCAACAAACUUCGAAAAGCGGCUUCUCGCUUGCGCUGCCAUCAGCAUCCUGCAGGAGGAGUAAAAGUGCACACGUGGAAUGUUGCCGCAGCCUUGAUGGAAUAGACUUUCAGCCAAUCAAAAACCUGUUGAGUGACGUGUUUCACGGCUUGUAGACCAAUGGGUGCAUUUCAGGGGAUGUUUUCCCAAAAGUGGAGGAAAAAAAAGUCUUCAACAAUCUGCUCUUACAAAACGGAUUGUAGCCUACAGCUGUUGCGUACAGAUGCUGGUCUUCCUUUGAUGCGCACUGAAAAGGUUCCUCUUUGAACCGCAGUGCCAAAUUCAGCAGUUAGACUAGGUUUAUUUCAUAGGAUAGAACGAGAUGCCAAGGGUGUUUUAAACAGUUUACGUUUUAAUUGCAGAUGCUGUGUCUACGAAAGGAAGAGAGGUUACUUUUACAGUUACGCUUACAGUAACUGGAAACUUGAAGAAAGGGAAAAAGGCCCUUCUAGUGGAGAAACAACAAGGGUGACUGUGACCAUGGGGAGCUUCAAGGGCCACAUCCUGCCGGGGAGCUUCUUCCUGAUCGCAGGCCUGUGGUGGGCUGGCAAAUACUCACUCUGGUACGCCACCCGCAGGAACAAGAGCGCCGGUGCAGGACGUCUGGCCACCCGAGCAAUGCAGCGCCGCAUGGAGAUCCUAGAGGGCGCUGUGGUGCUCUCCUUCUCUCUGAUUGGUAUCCUGGCGGAGCAGUUUGUGGCCAGCGGGCCGAGGUUCCACCUGUUUGACCCUACGCAGCAGCAGUGGGCCCAGCUGAUGAUCUGGCAGCACUCCACGAUGUACCUGUUCUUCGCCCUGUCCGGCGCCACCACCCUCGCCAUCCACGUGACCGACGUCGCGCCGCUCGCUCUGGACCGGCUCAUGCUCGCCAUCGCCUUCUUCAACGAGGGCUUCCUGUUCAUGUACCACCUGCAUGGGCGGGACAUGCUGGACGUGCACGUGCAUCAGCUGCUGCUCACAGCGCGUCUUAGCCCGGUAGCUGACGCUUUCCUGGAGAUGUUGCCACGACAGCGAUUCCUCGAGCUGCUCGCUUUCCACCAUGUGUGUCUGCUGCAGGGGAGCUGGUUCUGGCAGAUCGGCUUUGUGCUGUACCCUCCUAGCGAGGUCAAGUGGGACCUGAAGGACCACAACAACGUGAUGUUCAUCACCAUGUGCUACUGUUGGCACCUGGCCUGUGCCAUCAUCACCGUUUCUGUGAUCUACUGCACGGUCUGCUGUGUGGUACGCACCAAGCUGAGGAGAAUGCCCCCCAUGGAGAUGGGUCUGCUCAAACCCAGAGACACAGGGGGGGAGUCUGAAGAUGAGGUUUUGUGAGAACCUCCUGUCCGUUCCCCUCCAAAGACAACAGACCCUCUAUUUCGACCCUGCAGAACUGAUACCUCAAUGUUACAGGGAACAGCAGCAAAGUCUGCCAUCAAUCUACAGCACUGAAUGGCCUUACAGAUUUUCUAGAGUGGAAAUGUCCGAAUGCUAAUUGGUGCUAGUGCUAACUGUUUUCGAUGUCAAACCAUGAUUUUUAAAUUUGCCGGCUUGAACCACAUGCUCACAGAGCUGCCAAGGAAUGAGAAAAUAGUCAUGGAAUUCAUAUGCUUACUGAACAAAGUCGCCUGUACAUCCUGACAGACUUCAUUAAAAUAGACUCGCUUGGACGCUCCUGUCACCAGAAAAUAAGAAUUAUCAAAGUGCUAAGCAGGGAACGCCCAGACACAUGGGUAUAUGUGCCAGCCUACUUCCCAUGUGUAUAGGGAUCAUAUGGAUGGCUAGUAUUAGAUGGCAUGAGGUGUUAGCAUCACCCCGGCAACAAGGAAGUCGACCUGUCCUGUAAAGAACCCAAAACAAACCUUUUCCAGGUACUGAAGGGAAUGGAGACAAAAAGGAUCCAAAUAUAAACUUGAGAAAUUGAACUUGAAUUGUUUUGUUAUAUCACACAACUAGUAACUUAAUAGUCAGUGAUUUGAAAGGAACACCACACAUUGAAAACUCCAUAUGAAGGUACGGUUUGCAGAGCUGUGUGGGGUUCAGUCUUUGGUCGAAUCCCUCCACUCAGUAUUGUAUAUUAAGAUGAUCAGAUGGAACCGCCCAAAGGUUAAAUAGUGAUAAACUUAUGACUGAGGCACUUUCAUCCUCAAAUCAACACUGUCCAGAAAAAUAUGUUUUUUGUUUGUAUGUUGUUUUUUUUUAAAUAUUUUUUUAUUAUGUAAAAAAAUCCCAUUUUUAUCAUGAUGCAGAUGCACUGUAUUUUAAAUUGAACUGCGAAGUGUUUAAAGUACCUUGUUGCUUCUGAGUAUUUAUUGUGUCCUUAAAUAAAUGUGUCUAAUUGUCUUUGAUAUAGAGGUAGCCUAUAUAACAUGUUCAUUCGGAAUAUUAAUAAAACAAAAUUUGCUUGCA